AUGUGUUUGUCAGGUCUGAGUUCGAAGUGCAACGUCAAAUGUUUAAGGAGUUUCCGUGUUAGUGAUGAUGAUGUAGAUGAUGACGAUAGCGAUGCAGUUGAUUCUACCUCUGGUUAUGAUGAUUUUAGUGAAACUGAUGGUCACGAAACAGACGAAGAUGAUUAUAGCACGGUUGAUGGGCAAGAAACCGAUGGAGAUGAUUAUAACACGUCUGGUGGGUACGAAACUGACGAAGAUAAUUAUAACGGGCCUGGUGAAUACGAAAGUGAUGAAGAUAAUUAUAACGGGCAUGAUGAAGAUAAUUAUAACGGGCCUGAUGGAUACGAAACGGACGAAGAUAAUUAUAACGGGCCUGAUGGAUACAAAACAGACGAAGAUAAUUAUAACGGGCUUGGUGGAUACGAAACGGACGAAGAUAAUUAUAACAGGCCUGAUGGAUACGAAACAAACGAUAAUUAUAACGGGCCUGAUGGAUACGAAACUGACAAAGAUAAUUAUAACAGGCCUGAUGGAUACGAAACACACAAAGAUAAUUAUAACGGGCCUGGUGGAUACGAAACAAACAAAGAUAAUUAUAACGGGCCUGGUGGAUACGAAACAAACGAAGAUAAUUAUAACGGGCCUGGUGGAUACGAAACAAACAAAGAUAAUUAUAACGGGCCUGGUGGAUACGAAACAAACAAAGAUAAUUAUAACGGGCCUGGUGGAUACGAAACAAACAAAGAUAAUUAUAACGGGCCUGGUGGAUACGAAACAAACAAAGAUAAUUAUAACGGGCCUGGUGGAUACGAAACAAACGAAAAUAAUUAUGGCACAUCUGAUGGAUACGAAACUCAAGAAGAUAAUUAUGGCGGAUACGAAACUCAAGAAAAUAAUUAUGGCACGUCUGAUGGAUACGAAACUCAAGAAGAUAAUUAUGGCGGAUACGAUACUCAAGAAAAUAAUUAUGGCACGUCUGAUGGAUACGAAACUCAAGAAGAUAAUUAUGGUGGAUACGAAACACAAGAAGAUAUUUAUGGCAAUUUUGGUGGAUACGAAACUCACGAAGAUAAUUAUGGUGGAUACGAAACUCAAAAUAAUUAUGGCACGUCUGGCGGACAAAAUACUGAGAAUGAAGGAGACAGUUAUGACACACUGAGUGAACACCAAACUGACGAAGAUAAUUACGACAUGUCAUAG